AUGGGCUACGCCCUUCGGGCCAAGGUGCUGGGAGCCACUGUGGUGCUCGGCGUCUUGGCCUUCAGUCCCUGGGAGUCUCGGGCCGCCGCGGUAUGGAGAACCGGGGUCGUCUUCGAGCCCCACCGGGCCCUCACCUGCACCCUGAACAAGACGUGGUCCAAGGCCCGCCCCGAAGGGGCUUCGUCGACCAGGGCUGGCGGCCGCUGGCUGAGGGCCGAGUGGCAGUUGCGGGAGGACCGCUUCGACAGCUCGGGGAGGGCCCCCAAGGGGCCCCCCCGAGGAGAAUUCCCGUACGUUUUCCCGGCUGAGGGGACCUACGUGAAAGCUUCCGAGCGCCCGAAGAAGCCCCCCAAGGUGUUCGCCAAAGCCCAGAUCGAGCGCGGCACAGAAGGCCAGGAUGUGAUGCUGGCGUGCGAGAGCCGCUCUUACCCCUGCAUCUCCUACUGGGACUGGUACCGGCACCACGAAGUUACCGGCGACAGGCUGCUGCUCAACGGCAGCGGGCGGCGGGUCUUCAUCACUGAGAGUGGCCACCGCAGCGAGCUCAUCCUCCAGCACCUAGACGCGGCCGAGGAUCCUGGCGCCUACAUCUGCGUGGGCAGCAACAGACAGGGCCACCACGCCGCUGUCGUCCUGCUCAAGGUGCGCAGCCACUUUGCCGCGCUCUGGCCCUUACUGGGCAUAGUGUUCGAGAUGCUGCUGCUCUUCACUAUCCUGCUCUGCAACAAGUAUUGUCUCGGCGGGCGGCGGCAGCGGCGGCUCCUGGAGGAUUAG